GCAGGAGCAGAGUAACGAUCACCCCUGUUCCCCCGGGGCUGCUGCAGGAACACAGGAAAACAAGAGACGAGAGGCAACACUCGACUGCUCACAGAGUUGAGGAGAAGCACAUGACUCUUCUCUCAAAGGGGAUAAACAUUUCUUCUUCAGAAGACAUCUGACAAGACUGAAAAGUCCACUUACAAGGAGGAUAACUCCACUUGCUGGACAACUUUCACAACAGGACAAUGGAUGUAAAGGACUUUGGAUGCUAAUUAAGGUACACUGUGGAGUAUCUGUACAGUUUUCCUCACAGCAUUUCACAACAUAAAACCUCUCAAACUGAGCGUUCUUUAAUAUUUUGGGACCUUUUAUUUUUGCCAUCUGCCGAACAUGGUGAAUUAACAAGCUGAGCUCACGACUGAGGAGAACUUUUUUACUGUUUGUUGCCUGCCUAAAGAUGCAGAACAGCAGCUCACAAUUCGGCUGUGACAAGAGCGAUGACUUCAAAUACCCUCUGUACAGCACAGUCUUCAGCCUGGUGUUUGUGGUUGGACUUUUCUUCAACAUGGUGGCUGCAUACAUUUUCGGCUGUACACUGAAGCUGCGCAAUGAGACCACGACAUACAUGAUGAACCUUAUUGUUUCAGACUCUUUGUUUGUUCUCAGCCUGCCUUUUCGGAUUGCGUACUUUGUUAAACGCGACUGGGUGUUUGGAAGUGAGCUCUGCAAGAUCUCUGUGGCCCUGUUCUACACCAACAUGUACGGCAGCAUCUUAUUCCUCACAUGCAUCAGCGUCGACCGUUUUCUGGCCAUUGUGUACCCGUUUCGGUCUCAGAAAAUACGCAGCAAACGGAAUGCCAAACUGGCCUGCGUUGCGGUGUGGGUGAUGGUUCUUUCUGGAAGUAUACCCACAGGAUUCCUUUUGGACACCACUUCACCAAACAACACAAACUCCUCACAUAAUUACUGCUUUGAAAACUACUCGAAAAAACAGUGGAAGUCUGAGCUGUCCAAGGUGGUGGUGUUUAUUGAGACCGUGGGCUUCAUCCUCCCACUGAUGGUGAAUGUCUUCUGCUCUAUCAGUGUGCUACGGACCCUAAGGAAGCCUCAAACCAUCAGCCGUGGAGGGAACCUCAACAAGACAAAGAUCUUGAGGAUGGUCCUCGUGCACGUGCUCAUCUUCUGCUUCUGCUUCAUUCCCUACAAUGUUAAUCUGAUAUUCUACGCCAUGGUCCGCUCCAAUGUGCUCAAGGGCUGCUAUGCAGAAUAUGUGGUCAGAACAAUCUACCCCAUUGCUCUGUGCAUAGCAGUGACCAACUGCUGCUUUGAUCCAGUCAUCUACUACUUCACUUCAGAGACAAUUCAGAGCUCCAUCAAACGAAAGGCUACAGUAUUGCACAACAGUGCCAAGCUUUUUGAAAGACUACAGACGGAUAGCUCGCAAAGCAGCUCAAAUACAACACCCAAAAGCAUGACCCUGAGGAGUAUAAGGACAAAACCGUUUGACAAUGAGUCCACAGUCUAAUGACAAUGGUACUGAUUAAUAAUGGAGUGACAAUGGCUGCUUGAUUUGAAUCACACAAACAAAAUGGUAACUAAGGAGCCACUCCCAUCUACCGGACACAGCAGAGACUUUAGACUGGGACUUAACUCACUGAUCCCUAUUCAAUCAGUGAAAGAGUGCAACAAGACAAAGAGGAGCCAUUUGAAUUGAAGUGUGUUGCUGCAUAAAAACCCUUUAUGAGUGCAACAACAGAGUUAAACAAAACUUCACUUCACUUUAUCAGGAAAUGAGUUUAUAGUGUGCAUUAGUGAAAAUGGCAUGUGGUGCUUCAAAUAUGUCUCAACCUUUGCACAAAAGACAUUGCAUUUGUAGUUUUAUUCCUGAAAGCUGACUCUCCUUUGGAAAAUUUAGCUUUGACAACGCUGAACCAGUAUUAUAAUUCUUUUAAUGAACUGUAUUGUGCAGUUUCUAAGUGUUAUUUGUGGCCGCAUUAAGGCUUUUAAGCACUUUAUAGAGCAGCAUGCUCUAUAACAGCUUUUCCCCAUAUACUGGAAGUGAAUAAAAAUGUUCUUAAUUUUUUUAA